AGAAUCGAUGUGUAGGAUGCCUAACCAUCCUCCUUGAAAGAGUUUUGUUAGGAGGAUGGGAUGGGUGAUUAAUAAUAUUAUUCCAAAAAGUUAAAAUAUUUUUUUAUGUAAGUAAUGUAGUUAUGGAAAACCUCUCAAGACUGAAAAGGCAUUAUUAACAACAGUGUUCAUAAAAAAUUUCUCAAUAGCUCCAUUUCCUUUCAUCCAUAGUCGACAGGAAAAUGAGCUUUUCUGCUUUCUUCAAACGAAAACCUGCGAGGGAAGAAAAUAACAUCGCUAUAAUCGGAACUCCAACCAACGUGAAUCACGAUAUUCAUGUAACUGUCAAUGAAAAGGGCAUAUUAACGGGUCUGCCUUCUGCUUGGAUGAGACAGAUAGGAACUCAGAUAACCAAAGAUGAACAGUUGGAAAAUCCACAGAUAGUUAAGCAAGUUCUUCAAUACUAUAACUACUCCAUAAAGAAAGGAACUGAAAAUGUUCAGGAAUAUAAGCAUAUUGUCACUGAGAAGGAUAUCGUGGAAGAAUCUAAACAGAUUGAUCUCUAUAUGCAUUCCAAGGAUGCCCACAAAAGUAAGGAGUCAAUUUUAUCAGGAAAAUCUGAUGAGAGUCCAAGGGUGAAAGAAGAUUCUAACAAAAGUACUGACAAUAGGUCUUCAUUUCCAUCCAGACCUCCAAGGAAAAUUGAUGGGACCAACCUAGUCCAGACAAAAAAUUUAGCUCAAAACUUAGUAGAUCUAACAUUAGUUGACAAGGAUAAAAAUGAUGAUAUAGAGAUAAGAAACAAAUCUGAGACGAACUCGGAUCUUUCCGACGACGAUUUCCUGAGAAGGCGAUCAGGAUUGUCAGACGAAGACUACAUGGCUGAAAUAAAAAAUAUUUGCAACCCUGGCGACCCCUAUGACUACUAUGAGAGAUGCAAUAAGGAUUUGGGUUCGGGGGCCUCUGGAAUGGUGUUUGCUGCUGAGUGCCGAAAAAACGGACAACUCGUGGCAAUUAAAGAUAUCGAUAUGACAAAGCAACACAAGAAAGAUCUUUUGCUGAGCGAGAUAAAAAUAAUGAAGAAUUUCAAACAUAAAAACUUGGUCAAUUUCCUGGAUGCAUUUGUAGUCUACGAAGAUCACUUGUGGGUAGUGAUGGAGUUGCUAGAUGGAGGCCCAUUGACUGAUGUCGUUACAGAAACUGUUAUGAAAGAGGGACAGAUUGCUGCUGUCUGUUUUGAAGUAUUGCAGGCCAUCAACUACUUGCACGACAGGGGUACUAUUCACAGAGACAUCAAAUCUGACAAUGUUUUGUUGGGUAUGGAUGGCACGGUGAAAGUGACAGAUUUUGGAUUCUGUGCAAACGUAAUAGGAAAUGAGCAAAGGGAAACCAUGGUUGGGACCCCAUACUGGAUGGCUCCAGAAGUAGUAACCCGGCAGAAAUACGGCAAGAAAGUCGAUAUUUGGUCGCUGGGGAUUAUGAUUGUGGAAAUGCUUGAUGGAGAGCCUCCUUAUCUCCGAGAGCCCCCUUUACGUGCCUUGUAUUUAAUAACAGCUAACGGUAGACCAAAGAUUAUAAGAUGGAUGGAACUUUCUUCCAAGUUACAGAGUUUUAUUGAUUUGUGCCUUCAAGUAGAUGUUGACAAACGAGGUACCGCGAAAGAUUUGCUGAACCAUGAAUUCCUUCAGAACCGCAUGGAACUAAAAACACUCACUCCUCUCAUUAAAGCAGCAAAGAAAAUGUUGCAUAAAACAUAAGAUACUAAAGAAGGAUAUUUUCAUCUAGUUUAUAACUGAAAUAUAUAUUUUUUGAAAUGUUGUAUUCCCCCUACUUAUAGUUGACAAAGGCUAUUUUUAAAGAAAUUUUACAAAGUUUCAGAUUUACAUAUCUAUUCAACAUUACCUUGUAUUUAUAUAUUUUAUUGCAGAAAUUACAUUUUUUAAUGGAA